UGGCGUUAAACUUGCGAUUUACAACAAAAUUAAUAGAGGACAAUUAAGAAUAAAUGCUAAAGUUCAUAGUGGUUCACAAAAUGAAAUAGAAAAUGGUGAUUGAUACAAGUAAGCCCAAUUGAAGUAAAAAAAAGGAGUACAAAGAAAUUCAUUACUACAUGCAGAAUAACAUUUUCUACCGUAAAUUGAAAAUUAUAGACUUAUUCAAGAAAACGUAUAAUACAACAUACAAUUAUUGUUUCACAUUCUUCGAUAAAAAACUGAAAUUUCAAACAAGUAUUUGACCCCGAAUUGCACCAUUUACAUUGUUCAUGUUUAAUUUAAUGUAAAUAUGCGAAUGUUUAUACAUAGAUUGCAAUUAAGAUCUUAAAAGUAGUUAAAAUUUAAAUUUAAAUUUAAAUUCCAAAACUUUAGGUAAUAAUCUUGUUGCAUUGUAUGUUAAUGACCGCCCUUGGAUAAUCCCAUUUAAAAGCAAUUCGUCACUUUGUUAUAUCUAUGAACAAACCAUAUCAGGAAUACAAUGAGAAUUAUUAAUAUUAGUACUACAAUAAUUUUUCAUAUAGCAAAAUGGGACAAAAUGAGGUAAUUAAAGAUUUCGCCCUUGUUUGGACAAACCUAACUAUUCUGAAAUGUGUAUUACUGCGUUAAAGUGGUUGCCAAUAUAAGAAUCAGGAAUCAAAUCAUAUAUUUCACCGAUAUGGAAUCUAUUUUCAAAUAUCCUAUCGCAUUUUGGCAAAAAUACAACCUGAUACAAAUAUUAGUGCCGUACAAUGUUUAUGAGGAGCUGCAAAUAUUUCAUGUUUUUUUAUGAUGUUUGAUUACACUACGACGAUAUGACGUUUUUACUGUAUCGCUAUUGGGAAUAAAGCAUUUAUUUACUAAUUAGUUGUUUAAAAACUCUAGCCAGAUUUGUUAUUUCUUUUAAAUGUUCUAGCGAAAAUUUAAGUUGGGAAUUUGAAGCUUUUAAGUAAUCCGCACAAAAUAAAACAAAACUAUCUAAUAAUUGUUGAAGACACGUAAUUGAAUCUGACUGGCUGGCUUUUUUCCUACGGAAACUUCCACGAAGACAAUAGUUGCAAAUUACAAAAUUUUGAAAAAAAGCCUAACCUACUGCAGACCUUCAUUAACCCUGUAAAGAGUACACGAAACACGAUAAACGAAACAUGAUAUCCCUUUAUUUAUUUUUAUGGUAUAAAUCAUCAAAUCAAAAGUUUUACCAUAACAAUUUUGUCUUGCUGAUUUUGUUUGUUUCCUCGAUCUGACGAGAAUUUGUCAGACUAAUCAACACUAUUUCUAAAUAAGUCCACAUCAACAAAAAAUUCAGCCAAUUCACCAGAUCGGUAAUAUUCUAACUAAAUUUUCCGGUAUCUAAAAAGCACCGAGAAACACUGGCGUGAGCAAAAUACGCAACGCAUUCGCCAACCCUUUUAUUUUCGUAAUGACAGGGCGGUCUAGAAGUAAAAGUAUAUAUUAAGGAAACGUGGAAAUAUAAGCAUAUCUGAGUCGAUAUAAAACGUAAAUUUUCAUGGCAUUUGUUUGUGUUUGAAUUAGAAACUUUUUUAUAGUCGGUACUGCAAUAGACGGAAUAUAAGUUUUAUUUAUUUAUGCGGAAUUGAAGUCGUUGACUUCAAUGAAAAUGAAUAGGCAAACAGUGAUCAAAGAAUUAAAAGCUAAACCAAUUUUGAACUACACCCGAUACUCUUUAAUAAUGGCCGGAAUAUGGCCCUUACGGCUGGCCACGCAAAAUCGACUUCUCCAAAGAAUGUAUUCAAUAUAUUCCGGAUUGAUAAAAGUAUAUUUUCCUUCGUUUCUGCUUUCGCUCUCCGUUCAAUUUAUCCUGUCGACGAUCGACGAGAAUACGGAUGAAAAUCCAGAAAACAUAUUUUCACAACUUAACUACAUCAUCGGUUUACUGAUUGUCGGUGUAGCUGCUGUAAUUUACCAAGACAAAAACGUUAAAGAAAUUUUAAAUUAUAUAACGCAGGAUGAUAAGGAGGUGGUGUGCUCUAAAGAUAAGGACAUUGUGUUAUGUCAUUUGAAGCAGGCUCGAGUAUCCUCAAGAUCGUGUUUACUAAUAAUGAUUUUGACAUUUUGGAGUGGAGUAUCAAUGUGCCUCGAAAAUUUUUAUAGAAGAUUGGAAAUCGACCAUUAUAACAAGCACUACAACGAGAGCGUGGAAAAACCCUUUCCUUAUGUGUUGUAUUACUAUAAUUUAGAUCCGGAAAAACAUGCUACCAGUGUUCUUGUUGCCAACAAUAUAUUCGUGGUAUUGAAUUGCCUUUUGUUUGCUUCGACAAAAAUGCUUUUUUUUUCUUGCAUUAUAUAUUCAACGUCGAUUUUAAAAAGGCUGCAGAUAAAAUUUGUCAAACUGGAUUUAUGCGGAAAGAGCGUGUCGCAAGUUUUAAGAGAUCUUGUUCAGCAGCAUCAAAACGUCAUUGAAUUUGUUGCAAAACUGAACAAAUGGAUAAAGUAUUUAGUAUUGUUGGAAUUUCUCCUAAACUCACUUAAUAUAGCCACGGUUUCAAUUCAGUUUAUAACGUUCGAAAAAAAUAUGCUGGCAUCGCCCAUAUUAUUCUUCUGUGUACUUUUUACUCAAACCUUUGUGCUUGGUUGGACUGCUAAUGAAAUAAAAUGUCAGAGUCUGGUGCUUGCGGACAUUUUGUAUUGCUGUCCCUGGUACGAUCAAAGUGAGAAAAUUAAAAGCACACUGCUGAUAAUGAUAUUACGAGCACAAAAGCCUCUUGUAUUGACUAUAGGACCAUUGGAUGCAAUGACAAUCCAGUCAGCCUUAGCGAUAUUGAAAGCAUCCUACUCCUACGUGGGUGUAAUGAUGAAUAACUACAAAUGAGUAUACUACAAACCACAAAACGAUGUAUAAUAACCUAACUAACCAAACCAAGCCAAAACUGAAAUUAAUAAUAAAAUUUAUUUUACAUUUUAUAGCCUCUAUUACUGUUCGAUGAAGGUGUCGUAAAUGUAACU